GAAGACGAUUUUAUCAUUAUAAUUUAGUUAUACAGCAACUUUUGGCAGAGUAGAUUUAAUUUCAGUUAUUUGACCUGCCAUCAUCAAUCGACAUGUGGAGUUCAAUUUUUUCAAACUUCCUAGUGUGCUUGAUAAUCGUCAGUGUUGUCGCGAAACAUCCUCGUAAUUCACAUCAGACAUGCACUGAAACCCUUCCUUACCAACAUCCCACAGACUGCACCAAAUACCUAGUAUGUACAGCAUGGGGUCCACAAGAAAUGCCAUGUGCUCCAGGAACUGUCUUCGACCCUGAAAUACAUGUUUGUAACCAUCCGCGAGAAGGUCUCUGUGAUUCUUCCGAAAGGGAGAAUUCCGAAGAGGCAGACUCGCGAGAAAAUCAUCCUGCUGAUUCUCAGGAGCAAAGACCAGACAAUUCCGAGGAAGGAAAACCAGCAGAGUCUGGAGAAUCACAAGAAGCACAGAGGCCAGCAAGUCCAGAGGAAGAAAAACCGUCCGCUGAUUCAGAGGAAAACAAACCAGCAGAAUCUGAAGAACCGCAAGAGCCACAAAGACCAGUAAGUCCAGAGGAAGAAAGUCCAUCCAAGGAUUCAGAGGAAAUCAGUCCAGCAGAGCCUGAAGAAUCACAAGAAGCACAGAGACCAGAAAGCUCAGAGGACUCUGAGAAACAGAGACCUGACGAUUCUGGAGAACACAAACCGGCAGAGUCUGAAGGAUCGCAAGAAGCACAAAAACCAGCAAGCUCAGAAGAACCAAAUGAACCAGAAAAACGAGAAUCCGCUGAGGAACCAGACUCACCAAAUGGACCACCAGAAGAAUCUAACGAUGUUCCUGAGAAACCAACUGUUAAACCAGAAGUUCCGACAGAAUCUCCAGAAGAGCAAGCUGAUGAUUCAGAAGAAACAAGUGGAGAUGAUGAAGGUCAAGAAGUGACUGAAGAAGCAGAAGAAAUAACAAGAAAACCUGAAGACGUAUCAGUUCUUCCAGACAAAGUAACUGAAGAUAGUGAAACAACAGAAACUGUAGAUGUCUCUGAGCAACCAAGUGUUGUGCCAGAAGACGAUACAGAAAAACCAACUGAAGAAUCUAAUGGGGAAACCGAAGCACAAGAAGAAUCGACUGAACAAGCAAAAGAAGCUACAGAAGAACUCGGAGAACUCACUAAACCGCCAGAAGAAACUGAACAACUAACUGAAGUCCCAGAGUAUCAAACUGAACUGCCAACUGGGGAACCAGAAGAAUUCAGUGAGGCUCCUGAAGAAGUUACAGAACAGCAAGAAGAACAAACUGAAGAAUCUGAUCAAUCUCUUACAGAAACGACUGAGGAAUCAGUCGAUUCAACUGGAGAACCUGAAGACCUAACAUCAGAGGCUCCAGAGGAAAAUACAAGUGUAGUAACAGAAGACGUACAGGCAGAGGUCACACUGGAGCCACUACCCACUGAUGGAGAAAGUCCUCCACAUGAAGGAGGAAGACCAAUCAACGUUUGUGCCAAAGAUAUAAAAAAUAUCUCACUCAUUCCUAGCAGAGUUAGCUGUAAUAUGUUCAUUGCCUGCAUCAAAGGGUACCCGAAGGUUCUAAUUUGUCCAUUAUCCAGAAGAUAUUUUGAUCCAGAAUUGCUGAGGUGCACCAAUAACCGAGCAGUCUGUCGUUAAAAGAUGAUUCACGUCCAUGUGAAUACUCCACCAGAUAUUGGCACUAAUGACUCGCAAUAUGUAUUUAUGAAAUACAGUUAGUUGAUAAUUAUUAGAAUAUUUGAAUAAAAGACGGUCG